AUGCACACAAAGUACCCAGAGCCUUUGCGCAGUCAUAGGCCCUUUCAUCAAGCAGCACUUGAACCAACACGCUCUGAGUCAGCAAGUCCUGAUGUUGGUGAUAUCAAUGAUCCACAUCACAACCCCCUGGACACAUGCCAUGCAGGAGAAGAAGGUUUCACACCAGAAGCAGGCACCUGGGUGCAGUUAGGGCCUCUGUUCCAGGUGUUCCAUCCUCAUCUUACAGAUGUGAUACCCACCAACUGGACUCCCUAUCAAAACCAGGUUGCAUUUGAGACAGCCAAAUUUCUCUUUAUGUGCAACCAAAUGUCUGCAGGCCAGAUUGACACUCUACUUGAUCACUGGGCAGCAACACUGAUCAAACACAAUGAUUCCCCUCCAUUUGUCAGCCACCACGACCUAUAUGAUACAAUUGAUGCAACACCUCUUGGUAAUGUUGCAUGGGAGAGUUUUUCAAUGUCCUUCAAUGGAGUCAAGCCAGCUGAAAAUGUACCCCUGUGGAUGGACGCAACACAUGAUGUAUGGUUCCAUGAUCCACAUCUACUCAUUCACAACAUGCUUGCAAACCCAGACUUUGAUGGUGAGAUAGAGUAUACCCCAUAUCAGGACUAUAACAAGUGCUGUAAUUGGGCAUGGAAUCAAGCAGACAUUAUUGCUCAAAAUCAAGAGGCCCAUGGAUCAAUUUUUAUUCCUCUGAUCAUUGGGAGUGACAAGAUGACCAUCUCAGUUGCCAUAGGGCACACCGAGUAUCAUCCACUCUAUUUAUCAAUCAGUAACAUUUUCAACGGUGUCCGGUAUGCACAUUGCAAUGGGGUUGUACUAGUGGGAUUCCUCGCCAUUCCAAAGACUACUAAGGAACAUGCCAAUAAUGUAGAGUAUCGCAACUUCCACCGACAGUUAUUUCAGUGCUUGCUUGCAAAGAUAUUCAAGUCGGUGAAACCUUAUAUGACAACUCAUGACAUCGCUCGCUGCUCUGAUGGCCACUACCAAUGUCUGGCCAAUCGCAAAAAUCUCGAUGGUGAUAGGCUGUGUUUGCUUCAGUGCAGAGAGCAUAGUGAUCUUCUGGUCAAUGAACUUGAGUAUGUAAAGCUGUGGACUGAGUAUGGCAUUGCAGGAGAUCUUGUGCCAUUCACCAAUGAUUUUCCUUGUGCAGACAUACACAAAAUUCUUACCCCAGACCUCCUACACCAAAUCAUUAAAGGCGCUUUCAAGGAUCAUCUUGUUGAGUGGGUAGAUGCAUUCUUGAAGCUUACCCAUGGCACUGCACAUGCAACUGAAAUCUUGGAAGACAUUGAUCAAAGAAUAGCUGUGGAUGCCCCAUUUGCAGGUUUGCAGUGCUUUCCUGAAGGCCAUGGCUUCAAACAAUGGACAGGCAAUGACUCUAAAGCACUAAUGAAGGUCUAUUUACCUGCCAUCAAGGGACAUGUCCCUCUUGAUGUAGUAUGCACAUUUAGCACAUUCUUGGACUUCUGCUACAUUGUUCACAGGGAGGCACUUAUGAAUGACAAUCUCAUACAGCUUCAAGAUGCACUUGACUGCUUCCAUAGAUACUGCAAAAUAUUCAAAACAACAGGAGUUGCUCCAUCCUUCUCCCUUCCUUGUCAGCACUCCUUAAUGCACUACUCACAAAUGAUCUGUCUCUUUGGAGCCCCCAAUGGACUUUGUUUGUCAAUAAUGAAAUCAAAACAUAUCAAGGCCAUCAAAGAGCCCUGGUGCCGUUCGAGUAGAUAUGAAGCACUAGGCCAAAUGCUGCUUACAAACCAACACCUUGACAAAUAG